AGCCCCGCUAACUUCCCUUACUCAUAGAAGGAAAAACUGUGUCAACCACGACACGACAACCGCACCAUCAACGAUGGCAAACGGAACAGGGGAGCUAGGUUUAGACACCAAUGGGUCAUUAAAGGGUGUCCUUGAACUAUGGCACGAGCACCGACCCGCGAUCCUGUUUGCGAUAACUUGCACCUUAGCCGUGGUCUGGCUGUAUAUAGAACUACUCCAGAAGACUAGUACCACGGCAAACGUAUUAGAGCUCGAUCAACAGCUUACGAAGACAAUACCUAGCAACAAUGGCGCAGCUGCGAAAGAGAAGAUCGAUUUGCCAAAGGAGAAGGCGAAAGAAGCUACGAUCGGACCGCGCCGCAUCAAGGGCGAGCUACGAAGAGUAGACAACGCACGAAAAGACAUAGAACCAAGUCGCCAAAACCCCAUUCAAGUACUUAUCUUCUAUUCUUCCUUAACUGGAAGCACGGAGAAGACCGCUGGUGGCAUCGCUGAAGCUCUCGGCACUUUAUUAAGAGAGCGGGCCGAUAGCUCUGGAAAGUCCUUCUUGAGUCCCAUCGUCCUAGAUUUAGCUCAAAUAGAUUACGAUGAGUAUUUCAUUACUGCACCUAAGUCGGUGGACCCAGAUAUACCGGUGGACUACUUCUAUCUUCUAUUAAUGCCGAGUUAUAACAUCGAUUCUAUCAACGACAAUUAUCUCGAGCAUCUGAGGGAAACCCACCACGACUUCAGGAUUGACACAGCCCCACUGUCGGGUAUAUUAGGUUACUCUGUAUUUGGCCUGGGUGACCGGGAAGGAUGGCCAACUGAAGACGAAGGGUUUUGCUUUCAGGCCAAGGAGGUCGAUAAAUGGAUGGCCAGACUCACCGGCCGCAAGAGAGCUUAUCCAUUGGGAAUGGCAGAUACAAAAAGAGAUCUGAGAGAAAGGUUAGAUGAAUGGACAGAUGGUGUGAAGGAUAUCCUAGAAUACGUUGCUCACACAGGAUCUCUAGGGGAAGGGGUUCCGGGAAGCGGAGAUGCUAUUGAAAGCGACGAAGAAUAUGGAUCCGGCGACGAUGAUGACGGUGAAGUCGUUGUCGACCCGUCGAUGACGACGAGUAAAGCGAAGAAGGCGCGUUCCGCAAAUAUCGAAGACGUCGAAGACCUUGGGAGGAUUAUGAAGGCCUCUCAAAAUAACCCUGAAAAAUCGAACAACCCAACACCGAUCGCAGUAGAUUUUACAACAUACAACAAACCAAAAUCGAAAAGACCGCCACAGACAAUCAAGGAGAUGGUACCAAAAAACUCACCUACAUACGCAUCGUUAACCAAACAAGGGUACACUAUCGUAGGCUCGCACUCAGGGGUCAAAAUUUGCAGGUGGACCAAGUCAGCGCUCCGUGGGCGUGGUUCCUGCUAUAAGUUCUCAUUCUACGGCAUCGCGUCGCAUCAGUGCAUGGAGACGACGCCGUCACUGUCCUGCUCCAAUAAAUGCGUCUUCUGCUGGAGGCACGGAACGAACCCCGUAGGCACGACAUGGCGCUGGGUCGUCGACCCUCCCGAGACCAUCUUCGAUGGCGUUAAGGCUGGGCACUACCAAAAGAUUAAGAUGUUGCGCGGCAUCCCCGGGGUACGGGCAGAACGGUUCUCCGAAGCAAUGCGCAUCCGCCACUGCGCGCUGAGCUUGGUAGGUGAGCCCAUUUUCUACCCGCACAUCAACGAGUUCCUCGCGCUGCUACACGGCGAGCGCAUAUCCUCGUUCCUCGUGUGCAACGCGCAGCACCCGGAGCAGCUGGCGGCCCUCAAGGCCGUCACGCAGCUUUACGUGUCCAUCGACGCCAGCAACAAGGAGUCCCUGAGGAAGAUCGACCGCCCGCUGCACCGCGACUUCUGGGAGCGGUUCCAGCGCUGCCUGGACAUCCUGCGCGAGAAGCGGAACAAGCAGCGCACCGUCUUCCGCCUGACCCUUGUCAAGGGGUUCAACGUGGAGGACGAGGUCGAGGGGUACGCAGACCUGGUCGAGAGGGGACUGCCGUGCUUCGUCGAGAUCAAGGGCGUGACGUACUGCGGCACGUCGAGUAGCGCGGGCGCGGGCCUGAGUAUGGCGAACGUCCCGUUCUAUGCCGAGGUGACGGAGUUCGUCACCGCGCUGGAUAGGAAGUUGAGGGAGAGGGGGCUGGAAUAUGGUAUUGCGGCCGAGCACGCGCAUAGUUGCUGCGUGCUUAUUGCUAGCGAAAGGUUUAGGGUCGAUGGGAAGUGGCACACGCGGAUUGAUUAUCAGCGCUUCUUCGAACUACUCGAGGAACGGGGCGCUGAUGGCGAGUGGACGCCGGAGGAGUACAUGGGUCCCGAGACGCCCGAGUGGGCGACUUGGGGGAAUGGCGGGUUUGAUCCGAGGGAUGUGAGGGUUGACCGGAAGGGUAGGAAGAUCGAGGCUUGAUUACCUAGGUAGAUAGGUAUAAGAUGCAUGGUUAAGGGGCGUUUUGUCUACAUCAUCACAUCACUUGAGCAAUCGAGUAGGAGUCCGUUGGGUAGAAAAAAGUAAGAAGAAUCAGUAAGAAGA